CGAAUGAAGACCUCCAAAGAGCGAAUACAGAAUCGGAAUCGGUUGCCCUUUCCGGCAUCCCUGCACGCCAUGUGCUCUGCCAGGUGACCACGCGGCGCGUGCUGCAGGCUGUUGUUUUUCAGACUGGACGAAAAAAAAAAGGGGAUUUGGUUCUUUCUCGUGGAAUUCGAGGGAUUCUCUUUCCUGAGGCUGCCGUCUUCUCGUGGAAUCGAAGAUUCGUUCUUGGGAAUGUCCUAUGACUACGAGGAUCCUUUCUUCGCCGGGAGGAGUGCCUUGGUGACUGGGAGCGGAAAAGGAAUUGGGAGAGCAAUUACAAAGCAGUUGCAUAUUCUUGGUGCCCAAGUCUAUGCCAUUUCUCGGACACAGUCAGACUUGGAGAGCUUGGCUUCAGAGUGCCCUGGGAUUCUGACAUACUGCCUUGAUUUGAGCGAUUGGAAAAAGACAGAGGAUGUCGUGAAAACACUACCACCCUUGGAUUGUUUGGUGAACAAUGCUGGUGUGACCAGUUUGGAAUCAUUCCUUGAGACCAAGGCUGAGUCUUUUGAACGUGUGAUGAAGACAAAUGUGCAGAGCGUUCUCAAUGUAUCUCAGGUUGUUGCAAAACACAUGAUCAAGCGAGGGGCACAUGGUUCCAUUGUGAAUGUGUCAUCUGUGGCAUCGACAAGGGCAUUGAACCUUCAUACCUCAUAUUGUGCCUCCAAGGCAGCCCUAGACAGCCUGACACGGUCAAUGGCUCUUGAACUUGGACCUCACAAGAUUCGGGUGAACAGCGUAAAUCCUACCGUUGUGAUGACGGACAUGGGGAAGUUGGCAUGGUCUGACCCUGACAAGUCUGAACCCAUCCUCAAUCGCAUCCCUCUUGGAAAAUUUGUUGAGGUGGAGGAUGUGGUGAAUGCAAUCCUCUUUCUUCUAUCUGAUCGCUCCUCCAUGAUCAAUGGAGUUCAUCUGCCCAUUGAGGGAGGUCUUUUUGUUUCCUGAUUCCUUUUUUUCCUUUGUGGCAUGG